CAGAGUAAGAGAGAGUGUGUUAGUGAGAAAGAGGGAGGUAGACCUUAUAAUUCAAUCCAAUUGUACGAAAGUCGAGAUGCCCCAAUGGGGCCACUUCUUGUAGAUCCUCCAGCAGCUGAAACCUUCUGGUAGAUGACAUGGGAAUCGGUGGCUCUCAUUUAACACAUCUUUGAAGCAUUUUGUUUUCCUCUGAUGGGACGAAACUUCUCACUAAGGUCAAUGCCAGCUGCCCACUAUGAAAGGUGAACAUCCACUACUAGUGAUUACCUUAGUGUUUUUACACGUUGUCAAUGGCUGCCCACAUGUGUGCACUUGCAAUUCCAAAGCUAAAACUGUGGACUGCAGAGGCAGAGGUCUCACUGAAGUUCCCUCCAUCUUAUAUUUUGAUAUGCAAGAACUUUACCUACAGAACAACCGCAUUCGGACCGUACACCCUAUGGCAUUCAGAGAGGCCACAGCAUUAAAGGUGCUUGACCUGUCAAACAACAGCAUUGCCAGCUUGGCGGAUGGUGCUUUUCAGGGACUGCACAAUCUUGUUGUACUCAACCUAGCCAACAACUCAAUACAGGAUAUUGAUAAGCGACUGUUCAUUUCAUUAAGAAGCCUCAGUGAGCUCAACUUGUCCUUCAACCAUAUCACUAGUCUGCCAGGGGCACUGGGCAAUGACAUUAAAAAUCUCACCAGGCUGUCAGUGCGUCACAACCGACUACAGAAGCUUGACAGGACACUGGUUGAACCUCUCUCAAAGCUCCAGGCUCUCUUUAUCCACAACAACCCCUGGAUAUGUGACUGUCAGAUCAUUGGUUUCAAACUGUGGCUGGAGAGCUUUCUGUUCAAAGGGGGAACAAUUGAUGAUAUCAAGUGCCAACAGCCUGAUGAGCUCCUGGAGACAGACCUUCGGAAAGUUCCCUAUGAAAUAUUUCAGACAUGCCCCUCCUCAAGUUACAAUCAUUUGCUUGCCAGCAUUCAUCAUACCGACUCUACCCACAAGGCUUCCCGCUUGCAUGUACAAAGUGACCAUGCUGGAGAAAGUCUGCCAGAAUGCGAACCCAAGCAGAGACCCCGGCCAGUCAACCUUCGACAUGCUAUUGCCACCGUGGUCAUAACUGGUGUUGUCUGUGGAAUUGUUUGUCUGAUGAUGUUGGCAGCUGCUGUUUAUGGUUGUGCUUAUGCAGCAAUUAUGGCAAAAUACCACCGAGAGCUAAAAGAUGUGGACCAACUACCCCCCACUACUGAACAGGGAAGUCCUGAGGAGAAAGAACCUCUUGAUAGCAAUAUUGCAUGAAUCCUAGCCUGAGGUUUCUGUAUAGUUUUUUCUUGCUAUGAAGAGUAUCUCCUACAAAUCGUAAAAAUAAUGAGAAGAUGUAAUAAGUGUAAAAAAAUCAAUGUAGAUUGUUUAUUUGUGGUUCAGUACUAAUUUUAAUUGGUCAUUUAAUUUAAAGUUUAUCAGUUUAUAAGUUGUUCAUGAUAAGUAUCAAGUACAAGGACAUGACAAAAAAUGUCCUGCAAACCAAAACCUGAGGUAAAAUUGACUUGGAAGUAAAUUACAACACUUAUAAUGUAGCAUUCCUGUUCUUCCCAAGACCAUAAUGUCAGGAGUCACCUGUUAGAAUUUAGAAAUCAGGAAUGUGCUUUAUUUCAUAUGAUGAUAUUUAUGCAUGUACAUUAGGCCAUUUUUCAAAAUGUUACUCACAUUUUUUACAUUAAACCUAAAUAUCACUGCCCUAAAAAUGAGAUAUUUUAUGACAUCUGGUGUACUUGCAUUGGGAUUUAUUAAAAAUAUUGAAACUAUA